UGAAAAACAGACACUAAUCAUGAAGUAAAUGAGAAGAUGCUUUUGAGAUGUAUUCUGUUCAACCAGACUCACUAGAGACACACUGCCUGAUUUGACCCUGGUCAUUUGUACAGCAAGAUAUUCUAUUAAUUGGAAAAAUACCAUACAAUGUUCAAUGUGAAAGCCAACACAAACUGUCUCUCUCUAACAAAGAAAACCAGAGAAGUUGUGAGCAAGUGGGAACCAAAGUUCCAACAUCAAAUGCCAAGCCCGAGUUCUUCUAAAAGAGGCUCUUCCCUGCUUGUCCCUCAGGAUAACAAAAUCGCUCGUCUAAGAAGAUCUAUUUCUGGCAUGAUGGAUAGAGGAAGUACAGAAGAAGAAGCUCGAUGUCUGAUCACUGAAAUGACAAUAAAAGAAAAAGAAAUGCUCCAUGCUUCAUGGACUCGAGUUUACGGUUUGACGGACGCACAACGUAAGGCCUCUGGGAUCAAGCUGCUGUCUUGGUUAUUGGACCAUGUCCCCAACAUGAGGUCCAGAAUCGUUCUCAAGCAACCACCCGACCAGAACGAAGAUCCUCCUGUGAUGUGCCGCUGGUUUAUCCACCUGAGCGUCGCGGUCCCCAACACGAUUGACGACAUGGUCAGGCAUUUGAAGGAUCCCAUAGAGUUCAACAAUUACCUUGGAAACAUAGCUAGAUACCAUAUCGACCAGGAGCCGCCUGUUACCGUCCAGUAUUUUAAGGAUUUUGAGACUAUGUUUCCCCUCUACGUCCAAGCUUUGCUUGAACUGCCAAGCAACUCUGAUGAGAUCAUUCUGUGGAAAAAGUUGUUUGGCCUGCUGACCAGGAGAGUCCAGCAAGAGAGUAUUGCCGCAGGUCUCGACGAGAAUCCCAAAAAAAGAUGUUGUGUUAUCUUAUGAUGGACACUCGUGUCUGUGUUUGUAUCGGGGAAACCUUUUAACAAAUGAGAACACACACCAUUUACGUCUUCGUUGAGGCCCAACACAUUGACGGCCAGUAUUGUAUUGAAAAACAAAUUGUUGAUCAUUUCUAUGACGGGGCUGUAGUGUUUGUCGAUGGAAUAUGGCGAUUGCUAUGGUAACUAGUGUACUAAUGUUUUAGACUGACUUUCUGUUGGCAGGAUCAACAUUUUCUUUUAAAAUUCCUUAUUUCAAUUUCUGUAUAUUAAGUAUUACCAGCUCAUACAUAUAAUUAACUAUUGAAUUUACGCUAUUUACGCUAUAUAUAAUAUUGAGGCAUUGUCUGAGUUGAAAUGUCGAUUACAGACUUUUAUGUUGCUAUGAUGAUGACCUAAUAGUUUGCUAUUAACUUUCUAAAUGACGGCGUUGUCGUCUGCUCGGGAACGUUUUAGUUCUAAUUGUCUGUCGGGCAUCAUAGCUAUUUGUCAUAAGUAUUUAUAUAAAAAUAUUUAUUUAAAACUUAUACGUUCAGACAGAGUGUUCAUUUUAUUGGAAGAAAAAUUCCAACAUACACACAGCUAGGUCUCUCAUUCCAUUCAAGUAAAUCUUCAGCAGACCAGGCAGCAUGACGAGAUCAGUUGUAACUGCUUUGAGAAGAUGAUUAAUUAUUUCACUAGUGUAAAUAAUAUGAAAUCAUGGUCAUGACAAUGUUUUUAUUAAUGCACUAAUUUGUUUGAUCUUUGCUUUUAUAGUCUCUAUAUUCCAUACUCAAUACAUGUUACAGCCUUGUCAUCUGUUGGUCCAAGACUGUAAUAACUUUUUAUUUGUAUUUUAUGUAGAAGAGGAAAUUGAGCCUUUUAAUAAAUGGAAGAAACAUAA